GUUCCUGUUUUAUGGAGGAUGAAAAGAUAAGGAACAGAAUAAAAGUAGUAGUUGUUGGAGCCUUCGCUGAGAGAGAAGAGAAGCUGCAGCAGCAGGUCAUCGUCUCUAACGUCUCCAUCAUGAAGCUCCUGAUGCUGUGUGCACUUCUCUGCGUCGUGGCUUUGACCAGAGCUGCUGAAAUAGGUGCAGACAAACAAGUGCAACAAAAUGAUGAAGAUGUGUCUCAGCUGGAGAAGAGGACUACUUUCCGCUGUUCCAGUGGAUGGACCAAGUACAGUGGACGAUGUUUCCACUUUGUACCACGACCUUUGACUUGGGGUCAAGCUGAGAAAAACUGUCAGGCCAUGGGUGGACAUCUGGCGUCCCUGAAAAACAAGGAGGAGUACUUCUGGGUCCAGCACUUCAUAAAUUAUUAUACUCACACAUCUCCACUAACAUGGAUCGGAGGCUCCAGCCGUGCAGGGGACACCACUUGGUUGUGGAGUGAUGGAAACAGCUUCAGCUUCACCUUCUGGUGUCAAGGAGAACCAAACUAUCCUGAUACACAGCACUGCUUGCAAAUGAAUGAUUCAGACAAAAAAUGCUGGGAUAAUUUUCAGUGCAACGCACGACUUCCAUCUGUCUGCGUCAAUGAUCCAGUCACAUUUCAAAAGUUCCACGGCUGAAACAAAGACAUGCUUUAAAAAAGCAGCCACGACUGAUGCAUUUCUUUUUUUCUUCCUUUUUAGCUCCAGGAACAAAGAGACGUGAACGUAGGAGCUGCUUUGUUCCUGGUGGUUUCAUUAGAACAGCUUCAUUAUCUUCUGCUAUUCUGUCUGAAGCAAAAUUAAAAACUUUAAGCAUUGAAA